AUGUCGAAACAGAGUUUUGGUCGUGCUAGAGACACUGGGUGGAUUUACAUUCACGAGAUUUCAAGCUUCACGGAACACCCCUUGUUCAAACUUCCCCUAGAAGACGGUGUUUAUGAAGGGCGGCUAGAGGAGAGGGUCGACGCGAGUGCUGGUGAUUCGUCGAAAGUCGGCGAUCCGUCGAAAGUUAAUAUUGCUCUAGGUUGUGACAAACGGUUUGUCAAGAUCAAGGAACUAGAAAAGGCGAGCAGUUGCUGGGAUAUUAACACCGACCUAACCAUGGACAACGUCAGUGACGACGUUUGUUUGAAGAAAGCGGGAAUGGUUCAUGCAUUCGUGCGGGGAGGUCCUUUGGAGGACCACGUUCGCGACAAACUGCGGAGGGAUUAUCUGACGCAAGGUCAGGGAAGCAACAGCCUUCUCCUCGUUAGUGUUUUCAACUUCGCAGCCUUCUUAGUCUGGCUCUCUAUCGUUGUGGCUGGUUUUGCUGUAUUCCAGAAAUGA